UUCAUCCCUAAUUUUCUUUAGUUCUCUUGAAGAAGAAAUCAAAACAUGUCAGCGCUCCUCGUGCAGGCGUGUCGCAAUGGGUUGGCCUAUCGACUGGGUCAGACGAGGAGCAUUCACGUGAGUACAGUGCUGGAAAAGAAGACGGCAGGAAAGUACAAAACCUCCGUGAAGAAGGAUCGCCCACUGACCUACGAGAUGUCCCAGAAACCCCAUCAUAUUGCCGUAAGGAAGGGAUAUAAUUCCCUGAAUACUUCAAACCUCCUGGAUGGAUUGAGAUCAUCAGAAACAGCUGUUGAGGAUAUGUUUAUAAGGAAAUUCAUGGUGGGCACUUGGCAUGGGUUGGUUCUAUCGGAAGUCAUCAUCAAGAGGCAAUUUAAUCACAUCCGAAUAGCUGCUAUGAUCCGACAGGGUAUCACUGCUCAGAAAAUGUACUUCCUCAUUGGCUACACGGAAGAAAUGCUGGCCCGGUGGCUUCACUGUCCAGUAACGCUGGAGCUGGAAACAACACAGGACAAGAAGGAUAUUGUCUUCAAGUACAUCUAGGGCAAGAAAAUGUUGUUUUUAGGAAUAAUAUAAUUUUGAACUGUUUAGUAAUGAA